AUGUCCUCCCCGCUAUUGUCAGAAGCCACGCGCAUUGCGCGUGAGUUCGAUUACCCCGCCGCCGAGGUGCAGCGCGGCGUCGCCGAGUAUAUUCGCCAGUCAAAUGAGGGUUUGGCUAAGGAGAAUACUACUCUGAGCCAGAUUCCAACCUUCGUUACUGCAGUUCCCAAUGGCACAGAAAAGGGUCUGUACCUGGCUGUUGAUUUGGGUGGCACAAACUUCCGUGUUUGCUCCGUUCAGCUACAUGGCGAUACUACCUUCUCCCUCACCCAGUCCAAGAUUAUGAUCCCGCGGGAAUUGAUGGCCUCGGGCACUUCCAAGGAUCUCUUCACUUUCCUAGCACGCCAAAUCGAGGCUUUCUUGCGCAUUCAUCACAACGAGCAUUUCGAGGCCCACCAGCGCCGACGACGAGAGGGUAAUGAGGAGGAGGAUUUGUUUGAUCUCGGAUUCACUUUCAGUUUCCCUGUCCGUCAACACGGAAUCAACUCUGGUACCCUGAUCCGAUGGACCAAGGGUUUCAAUAUUCCUGACGCGGUUGGUCACGAUGUCUGUGCGCUGCUUCAAUCUGCUAUUGACGACCUUGAUCUGCCCGUCCGUGUGGCUGCUCUGGUCAACGACACUGUGGGUACGCUGAUGGCCCGCUCAUACACCUCCCCCGGCGAGACUGGAACUCUUCUGGGUGCUAUCUUUGGCACUGGAACCAACGGCGCAUAUGUUGAGAAGCUCGAGAAUAUUAGCAAGCUCCAACACAUGAAGCAUUCUCACUACGACACCCACACCGGAGAGAUGAUUAUCAACGCAGAGUGGGGUAGCUUUGACAACCAACUUGGUGUCCUGCCUUGCACUGUGUACGACCGCGACCUGGAUGCUGAUAGCAACAACCCUGGUAUCCAGAUGUUUGAGAAGCGUGUCUCGGGUAUGUUUUUGGGUGAGAUUUUGCGCCUUGCUUUGCUCGACCUGCACAACAACGCCUCAGUGGGACUUUUCAAGGCCAGCACCACAUCCAAGGCCUCAGUGCCCUCCGACUCUCUGUUCUACCGUCAAUGGGGUCUGGAUACCAGCUUGCUGAGCAUUGUCGAAGCCGAUACCACCAAGGACAUGAAGGACAUCAAGGUUGCACUGAAGGACCACCUGAACAUCGAGAAUGCCAGUGAUGAGGACUGCCAGGCCGUCAAGAUCCUGACUCACGCCAUUGGAAAGCGUGCUGCCCGUCUCAGCGCUGUCCCUCUUGCAGCCAUUCUGAUUCACACCGGCAAGCUCGACACCGAUGACAUUGUUGAUGUUGGUGUUGACGGCAGUGUGGUUGAGUACUACCCUAACUUCGAGGGCCACCUGCGCGAUGCUCUGCGCGAGGUCCCUGAGGUCGGUCUUGUUGGUGAAAAGAAGGUCCGCAUUGGAAUCUCCAAGGAUGGCAGUGGUGUUGGUGCUGCUUUGAUUGCCUUGGUUGCUAGCAAGGACGAGACCAUGCACGCCCCUACUAAGAAAUGA